AUGCCAACCCUCACCGUAUCUCGCAUCAAGGCCUUGACCCAAGGCUCAAGCCAGUCGUUCCUCGACGCCUGGCUCAACGUGGCCAACUCGCCCGAGGCCAUGCGCCUAGACGGCGAAGACACCUGGCUAUCGCGACUCAAGGCCUCCCGCCGAGGCACCAAGAAGAUUGUGUUUUACGGCAUCGAGAUGUGGGUGGACUUGUACCCCGACAUCUUUGAUCGCAAAGAGGACUUUUCAUCUUUCCACGUUCCGGGCCUCACCAACAUCGACACCAACGUCACGAGGCACCUGCCCGAUGAGCUUGCGCGGGACGAUUGGGCGGCGCUCGUUCUGCACUAUCUCGGCCUCGACUGCAUCGCCCACAUGGGAGGGCCGAGAUCCGCUCACAUGCGGCCCAAGCAGUUGGAAAUGGACUCGGUGGUCGAAUCCAUCUACAGGACCUUGGAGACGGAGGCGCACAUGGAGGGCACGCUGCUUGUUCUCCUCGGCGACCACGGCAUGACGGCGCAGGGAAACCACGGCGGCCGCCUCCCCGAGGAGCUGGCCGCCGCCACCGUCUUUAUAUCGCCGAGGCUGCAGGGCACGACGUCGAUACGGCGAGACUCGCCCCUGGCAACAGCACAAGACUACCUGUACUACUCUACCGUGAACCAGAUUGAUAUUGUGCCCUCUCUUUCGGGGCUCCUGGGGUUUCCGAUACCUGAAAGAAACGCGGGAGUAUUCAUCCCCGAGCUUUUGCCUGCGUUGGGAGACGGCGACGCAGCGGCCGAAUUUUUGGUAGAAAAUGCCAGGCAGCUUCGCCACGCCCUUGGCUCUUCCAUGCAGCAUCUUGACUCAAACUCCAACCUGUCUAGACAAGACGGAAGCUACACAGACUGUGAGGAGUAUGGCAGCGAGCUAGGACGAGCCAUGUGCCUCUGGGACGUUGUAGUAGAGGCUGAGAAGAAUUGGCAGAUUGCGCCGAGCGCUGAAGCCAGAGAAAUAUUGAAGAGUUCCAUCUACAAGGCAUGUGUCAAGUCAAACUACCUACGAUGCCCCCUUCUUUACGUUUUCCCUUGA